CUAUAUAUGGGCGUGGAAAAUGGGCGCCUUGUCUGACUCGAAACUCUGAUUGUGCUGAAGAAAGGUAAGAAAACCUACUAUCAACAGUGACUGUACCUCCGAGAUUUCCACAUAUCUAGUUUGCUGUGCCUUGAUCUCAAACUGAAGCAUACUAGGUGUCUUCUGGAGGAGUUUAUACGGUGAAUUGAGGCAAUCUAAAAGUGCAGGCGCUCACAACUUUACUCGUACAUCCCUCUUUCCGGUACAGUCGAUAGUGUUGAUCAAAGUCAAGCAGUCGGUGCUGCAAUGGGAAAUCUCCUUCGACUCUUAAACAGGGAAGAAUCAGAAGCCGGAAAAGUUGACAUCUUUCUUGAUUUUGAAAAUGCCGAGCCAACGGAACCUGAAAAGUUGGUGUAUGACAUUGUACGAGGAGUCCUUGACGAUGCUCCAAGAAUUCUAGAGUUACUAGAAAAUUACACGGGAGCAAGUGCAGAAAUUCGACAGGCAAUAUCCAACCCAUCAGAUGAAGCGCUACAAGAGGUAGCAUGGAAGGCUGUUGUUCCUCUUGUAGACCAGCUCAAGCAGUUUUAUGAAUAUGCUUGUGAGUUGGAGGCAGUUCUGCCACAACUCCUUCAUGCAUUAUGUGCAGGAAACAUGACACCAAUAGAACACUUGGAAAGGCAGCAGGCACUUGCUAAACAGUUUGCAGAAAUUCUUCAUUUUACUCUCAAGUUUGAUGAUUUAAAGAUGACCAACCCUAACAUCCAAAACGACUUCAGUUAUUUCAGAAGAACUUUGAGUAGACGCAAAAUGGCAAAUACAGAUGACACGGAGGUUGUCGUGUCAAAUGAAAUGGCCAACAGAAUGUCGCUGUUCUAUGCAUAUCCAACUCCCCUUCUUAAAACUCUUAGUGAUGCAACAACAAAGUUUGUAACAGAGAACAAAAAUCUACCUAUAGAAAAUACGACAGACUGUCUUAGUACUUUAGCAAAUCUUUGUAGAACAAUGACAGAGAACCCGGAUAUAUCGUCAAGAUUUGAGAGUGAGGAAACCCUCUUAUUCUGUCUUCGUGUUAUGGUUGGUGUGAUUAUUCUAUAUGAUCAUGUUCACCCAGUUGGUGCAUUCGCAAAGACUUCAAAUAUAGACAUUAAAGCAUCAAUAAAAGUGCUGAAGGAUCAACCUAUUGGUUCUGUUGAUGGACUAUUGAAUGCAUUGAGGUACACAACAAAACACUUAAACGAUGAAACGACGCCUAAAAACAUCCGCGCCCUCUUAGUGUAAAAACAAAGAAAUCCUGUACAAAGAUCGUUUUUCUAUUUAUCAAUUGUAGCUUUUUCGAGAUUAGACUAGUUUUUGCUAUGAGAUGCAAGCAUCAGUUGCCCUAUAGCUAGUAGAACAUUUUAUUAGCUAUAUAGUCAGCCCAAAAUCUAACUUUUGAUUCAUGCCGAUAUAUCGUAUUCUUCAAAGUGAGAUUAAUCUACGAUGAGGACAUACCGCGAAUUUGAUCCUAAAUAUCGACGAUUCUUGAAAAAGAAGUGAGUUUUUAAGAAUCGCGGUAGGCUAAUUUGAAAUCUUUUUAAUUUGAUGACGUGAAUUUUUAACCGUAUUUUGAACAGCACGGCGGAGUGCAUACCAUAUAUCCAUGAAAAACUUUAAGGAAUUGCACGAAUUUGCACAAAUUAGUAAGUUCAGUAGACUGCAGAUCUACAAAACUUUGGACAGCACAGUAUCCUAUACCAAUGAUUUGUGACAGCGAAAGUCGCUUAUUCGUAUGCCUUUUUAAAAGACUGGUUUACACUUGCGAAGGAAUCGGAGUCUGGAUUAUAGGGACUUCCAUGAACUUGCAAGUGAAAACCGCUAGUCAUUAGCAUAAGCACAAGCCAAGCGUUUUCUGAUUUUUACUUCUUCAUAAGCUGCUUCUGUCUUCGAUUUCGGUUACGUCGCUAGUGAAACCCCACCUUUGCUGGUCAUGAACUACCAGGGGGAAGUUGAGGGGAGCUUAACAAGGUGGGAAAAGGUAGAAUGUAGGGAAUGAAAAUCGUGUAACCCCAGAAUCGAGACAUUCCUGACCCUAAGUCAGGGACUCUGUUCAAGUAACUUUACCAGUUGUCUAUAUUUUCGUAUUUUACCCCAAAGAUUCACGGCUGUUAUGCCCUCUUUAUCAAUUCUUUUCCUUGGCGACUUAUGACCAGUGUAGCUGUGGAUUCAUUUAUAGUUGGCUCAAAAAUUUACUAGAACUAUAACAAUGUAAAAACAGGGUUCGCAUUAAUCUUGAAAUUCCAGGAUUUUUUCCUAUUGAUCUUGGAAUUCCAGGACAUCUGAAAAUAUUUUCACUGAGAAUCUUCGAAAACUUUUGGAAUUUUGUUUGGUACGAAUCCUGAAUUAACUCCGUAGGUGAAAAUAUGUCAAAAUACUAACAAUAUCGAAAUGUAUAAUUUUUAGAUGGAAUUGAAAGUUAAAUAAUUUGUAAAUUGUCCGCUUUCGGUUCAUCGAGAUUUUAGAUGUUUUUUAGUAAUUUAGUUAAGCAAUCUUCCCAAAAUGCAUGAAAAAUAUUAUUUUUUCUUUUACAGGAAUUUUCAUAAUUAUUCGACUAAGGCAACCGGCAUCGUAUGACAAAUUUCAGACAAUAAACGAUUAUCAAAAAUAACGCUGAAAUUUUGAUUAGUAGAAAGCAUAGUAUAAUCCAGACGUCUGGAAAGGAAGGUAAUAUAGUUAGUUGCCAUGACCAGUGGUUGAUCAGUUAUUAACCUAUUAGCCUCGUUUUUAUGACUUGAACACACUUCUUUUACAGCGGCUUUUAGUCAACACAGCCUUCCUUAGAAUCUGUCACGGCUGCGUAGGAACCUAACAGCGAGCUUAACUUUAAACAGCACGUGUGACAUAAUGGUCGCCUAACAAUGAAAAUGAUGUAUUAUGUUCAGAUACUUGGAGCUUUUUUAUUUCACUUAAUGAAGCUAGAAAAAUAAAGACGUGAGUAAUGCGUAGGUAACGAUGAUGUACAUGUUUUAUAAUUUACAGGGAAAAAUAGGAAAACGAAUGAGAAAGAUAGAAUCUAUUACGAUUUCAUUAAACAACUGUUUGCAAUGUAACUUUGUUGCAAAAAGUUUUUUAAGAUCAUUGUACUGUGGAAGUUUUUUCGCUUUGUGUGCAGAAAAACUUGUGGAAAUACUAUAAUCUCGGAAUGAAGUUUAUGUAUAAGAAUAUAAGUGUUGAAAUAAAAGGUGCCCAUUCGUA